UGGAGUACAGGAGGUGGUGGAUCUUAUUGCUGUGUAGGGAGAAAAGUCUGUACAGGCAGAGCUCCGAUCCAGAAGAAGAAAUGUUGGCAUCUAUGCCAAGAUUGUGGGAGAAGGGCUACACCAGGGACACGCAGCAGUGCCAUGUGAAAAUAAAGGAGCUUCGGCAGGUGUACCAGAAGACAAGGGAGGCGAAAAGUCGUUCUGGUUCUGCCCCCCAGACAUGCUGCUUUUAUGAGGAGCUGCAUGCAAUUCUCGGUGGUGAUCCCAUCACUACCCCAAAACGCUCUGUGUAUACCUCCCAGGAGCUCCGGGCAACCUCAAGCAACGAUGAGGAGGACAUUGUUGAUGAGAGAGAGGAGGAGGAAGAGCAUGUGAGGCAGGCAAGUGGAGAAUCCAUUCUCCCCAACAGCCAAGAACUGUUUUUAACCCUGAAGCCCAUUACUUCGCAGGACCAGUUGGCGUCCGAGCAUGAUGCCGGGGAAGGCACCUCUGCUGAAACCUUGUCUGUCGGUGCAUCCUCCACACUGGGUCAGAAACUUUCCCAGAUUAGAAGGUGGAAAAAGAAGACUCGGGAGGACAUGUUCAAUGAGUUAAGGAGUGACAAGACGGAGCUCAGAGCAUGGAGGAUCACACUGUCUGAGAACUUGGACAUAGGGAGGACAGGAGAGCAUGAAUGGAACAGGAGCAUGCCAUGCAGGAAGAGAUGCCACGGAUUAUGAAGGAGCAAUCAGACAUGUUGAAGCGUCUGCUUGAGGUUCAAGAAAGGCAGCUGGAUGCUGUAGUGCCCCUGCAGCCUAUGCUGAACCUACUGCCAUCGUCGCCCAGUUCUACAUCCUCCUCCCCCAAAUGUCCUAUGAGGCGGAGGCGGGGAAAGUCUGUUAUCCUUUGCACUCAACACCAUGGGAGGGUACAAGGACCUGAAGGCACCCAUUUCUACACCUUUGAUUGUUAUUGCAGUGCAUCUGUAAGCAAGCUUUCCUUGUUUCCCCUCUCACAGUGUUAUCAGACAUUUUGUCCCAAGUUAUCUUACUUUUCUUUGCUGUCUC